AUGGAAGAACAGUUCCAACUGUUAUUUGAUAAUAUGAAGAUGGAAAUGCAGAAACAAACAGCUGAACUAACUGAAUCACUUACCAAAAACUUAAUGGAUAGGAUGGAUGAGAAACUUACUCCUAUCAUUGAAGAAAACGAACAAUUAAAACAAAAAGUUAGCGAUCUAGAGAAAGAGAUGGAAUAUUUGAAAAGAGAAAAGAAAAGUAACAACAUAAUUAUUUUCGGGCUAGAAGAGAGGGAAAAUUCAACAUUGGAGCUAUUUAAUAAUGUUAAGAUGACCUUCAAAGAAGCUCUUAACAUAAAUAUAGAGCAAUCCGAAAUAAACAAAAUAUACCGCUUGGGAAAAAAUAUAGUUCAGAAUAAAUCAAGGCCGGUGCUGUGUUCCUUUACAAAUGCAUGGAGAAAAGAUGAAAUUAUGAAGAAUAGAAAGAACUUAAAAAACAUUUAUGUAUCGGAGGAUUACUCGAAGGAAAUUUUGGAGAAAAGAAAAGCACUGCUACCACGGUUGAAGGAAGAGAGAGAAAAGGGAAAUAUAGCUUUUCUGAUUUACGACAAAUUAGUAGUAAAAGAAUCCAACACUGAAAAAAGGAAAAGGGAACCAACUAUCUCACCGUCACCUUCCAAAAGGCAACCCAGAAAACAGCAAACACUAUGCUCUGCGAAAGUUAGCAGGAUAAAUGCCUUCGAUGCAAUGCGACCUAGAUCGAACUCCUUUACCAACAAACCUACACUCAAUAAAAAAUAG